AUGUGUAGCAGCAAAUGCUCCAGAUGCAUUGGGAUUUCCCUGUUCCCUCUGUCUAUCUGUGCGAUUGUCUCUAAUCUUCUCCUCUACUUCCCCAAUGGACAAGUAUUGGAAGCCAGCAGGAUCACAGACCUGGUCUGGUUUUUCCAUGGCAUUCUAGGAGCUGGGAUACUGAUACUCUUGCCAGCAUUUAUGAUGUUGGGUGCAGGCAGAGAAGGAUGUUGCGCUAACAGAUGUGGAAUGCUGCUCUCUGUCCUCUUUGCUGCGUUGGGAGCCUCAGGUGGCGUGUACUGUAUGAUCAUCUCGUCCUUGGGGUUGGUUUUUGGUCCUCUUUGUGAUAUUGGCGACGAGGUAUACGUUUACCCCUUCCGGAACGACACCUUCAUGGGUAAUUACUUGUUUAACCAGACAACAUGGAGCAUUUGCAAAAGGCCGGAAAAUGUCAUCCUUUGGAACGUGGUCUUGUUUUCCCUCCUGCUGGCAAUCGGCACACUUGAAGCUGUCCUUUGCUUCAUCCAAGUUGUCAAUGGGCUGGCUGAGUUCGCAUGUGGCAUGUGCCUCAGGAAAAGAAAGACUGAUGUUGCAGGAAUGUGA